AUGAAGGAGGAAGAAGAAUCAACGGUGAAGAUGGAGUGGUUAUCUUCCAUUGAUUCAACCACUCUCUCACAUUCUGAACUUCACGCGCUUUCUCUCUCUUCACUCUCCGCUUUCGACCUCAAAUCCACGCGCGAUAUCAUCACUCCCAAAAUCGAUCCCUCCACCUUCAACCACAGCGCCGGUUCCCACCGUCAAACCUACUCCCGACCUCGCCGUCUAUGUCGCGUUGCGCCGCUUCUUCCUACUCCCGCUCUCCCCUCCGACCACCGCAUCAUCGUCGAUUACCUCAAGCAGUUUAUCAGAGAGGAUCCGAAGUUCGACAUGGUGGAGCUUCUUCCGCCGGCAGUUCCUUCGCCGCCGGUUAUGUUUACCGGUGAAGUGAGGAAGAGGAAGAGAGGGAGGAAACCUAAACUGAAGAUGCAUUUGGAUGAGAGAGGGAUGGGGAUUCUGAACAAGAAUGGCGUUGCUAUUGAUCUUGCUGCGUUGUUUAAUGUGGAGCAUCCGUUUGCGGCGGAGCUGGCGAGACGGACGGAGGGGAUGAACAGUGAGGAAGAGUUGUUAGGGUUUUUGAGUGAUUUGGUUGGUCAAUGGGGGAGCAGGAGGAGGAAGAGGAGGAUCGUUGAUGCUGCGGAUUUUGGAGACGUGUUGCCUCUUGAUUGGAAGCUGCUUCUUAGUUUGAAGAGAAAAGAUGGCCGUGCUUGGAUCUAUUGCCGCAGAUAUAUAAGCCCUAGUGGACAGCAGUUUGUGUCUUGCAAAGAAGUUUCUUCCUAUUUGCAGUCUCGCUUUGGCCACUCUGAUUUACAGUUACAAAUCAGUCACAAGAGUGAAAACAUACUUCAGGAACAGAGAGUUACUACUGAUAAUUCUGCAGGUGUUGCUCGCGAGGAGCAGGAUCAACGGCAGAUUGUUGCCACUAACUCAGAUGUUUCUGCUUUGUCUAUCUCUAAUGAACGAUUGAAAGAAGUGUCCUUGUUGGAGACGGAGAACCUUGCAGAUGUGCAAAUACAUGAUUUGUUUGAAUGUCACAAGUGCAGCAUGACCUUUGAUGAGAAGGAUGCGUAUUUGCAGCACCUGUUGUCUAUUCAUCAAAGGACAACAAAACGGUAUCGAGUUGGUGCAUCUGUUUCAGAUGGAGUUAUAAUUAAAGAUGGGAAAUUUGAGUGCCAGUUCUGUCAUAAAGUAUUUUUGGAAAGGCGUCGCUACAAUAGUCAUGUUGGGAUACAUGUUAGGAAUUAUGUGAGGAGAGUUGAAAAUUUGCCGAGUCAGCCUAAUGUCAUGAGCGCAGACAAAUCUCCAGUCACGGAUGAGAUGCCCUCUAGGAUCUCUAAGAUGGAUGCCCUCGUUGAGAUUGCUCAAAACUCUAUUUUGGAGGAUUCCGUCAUGGAACCAGAUUGUUCUUCUAAACUAAAUACAAUCCCUCUUUCAGAAAUUGCGGUCGGUGACUUAGAUGAAAACAUAAACAUUGAGUCUUCGAUUAAUGAACAACAAAUGGAAGAGAGCUUGAUUGGCACAAAUGUAGUUCACAAUUCAAACCAGCAAGGUAGUCCUCCUUUACCCAUGGAUGGAGCAGUAGAGAAGAUUGACUACAAUAACCAAGUUAUUGAUGCAAAGAUGUUUAGUUUUCAAGAUAACAUGGGCUUAUUAUCUGUAAAUAAGAAAAAUGUGGAUGCACCUGAUACUUCUACAGGAAAAGGUGAUGUUCCGCUGACUGUUGAGGGGUUUGAUCAUUCUGGGAUUAAUCUGCAAGGAGUUUCUCAAAGCCUGCUGUUUCCUUCAUCUGGUAAUCACAUGAAACCUGAGAAGAGUGAAAAUUCUGGUUGCACCAAUACCCAAGGGGAUCUUAAACUUGAUGAAGACAAUAGUAACAAGAGUAACUUGAAAAUUGGUUUAGAUGGCUGCAAAGAUGCACCUGGUGUUGCUAAUGUUCAAGUGACAGCAAUUUCAACUUCUAAAGAAAAUGUGGUCCAAUCUAGGGUUUCUAACACCUCUAUAUCCCCAGAACAAUCUUUGUAUUCUUUUUCUGCAUUCAGCUCAGACAAGGGGUUCCAGGAAUUGAAGUUAGAAGAUAUAGGUUCUCUCGAGUACGAUUUUGCAAGUGUUCAAGGCUCUCUUGACGUGUCAGCUGAAUUAGCAAAUCACCUAGUGGUGCAAGGGACAUGUGCAUCCUCAGCUCAGUCUGCAUCACAAGAAGUUAUGUUAAAUGUGGAUGACAAUAAUCUACUCACAACCGCAUGUGUAUGGUGUGGAAUAGAGUUUAACCAUGAUGCUGUUAAUUCUGAAAUACAAUCAGAUUCUGUUGGAUUCAUGUGUCCAGUUUGCAAGGCAAAAAUAUCUGGUCAAAUCAAUAUGCUGGACAGCGGUUCACCACAUGCUGGCCAUCUUUAG